AUGAAGGCUAAUCGUUCGUUGCUGGCAGUGGCGAUUGUCGGUCUGAUGGCGGUAUUGCUUCCCACGGCCGAAACCUGCAGCUGCCUCCCACAGCAUCCCCAGACGGCUUUCUGCGAGUCGGAAUACGUGAUCGUUGCACAAGUGCUUCGUCGUACCGCGUCCAACGAUCGUGCGUCCAUGGAUGCGUACAAGAUUGCAAUCAAGAAAGAGUACAAGAUGAGUGACGAGGCACGGCAACUGCUGCGCCAUGGAAAGCUCUACACACCCACGAUGAGCUCGAUGUGUGGCAUCAAGCUGGAACCGAACAAGCUGUACGCGAUCGCGUCCAACAGUGAACAGAUCGGUCUGUGCGACUUUGUCCGUCCCUACUCGGAGCUUUCGAUCGUGGAAAAGCGUGGACUUGCCGGUAUCUAUCGCAAGGGCUGCAAGUGCAAGAUCAGCCAUUGCUGGAGCACCAAAUGUAAUCAGCGAGUUGGAUCCUGCAACUGGACACCGUUCGCACCGAAAGGAAUCUGCGAAACGAGCUACGGUUCGUGUGUGCCGGCCGGUGUGGUCAAUGAGGACGGUACACCGAUCAAGUGUCACUGGCGUCGAUCACCCCGUUACGGGCAGUGUAUGGCUAAAAAUGGUGGCAAAUAAG